AUGGCGUCGGUCGCCAGCUUUGCCAUCGUCGCCGAGCAGGACCUCUUGCGCGGUGUGCGCAACCCGGACGCGUACAUUUCUGAGAUGCACGGCGAGGUCGCCUUGCCCACCAAGACGAUGACGACGAGUGACCUGCCGCUGCUGCAGCGCACGGCCAACUUUGUGUACGACUACCCGUUCCGAACGCUCGUCGGCGCGACGGUGCCGCUCAUCGGGUGCAUUUUUCUGGACCAGAACCGCAACGCCAACAUUCAAUUCUCGCAAAAGAUCAUGCACACGCGCAUUUACGGCCAAGGCGCGUCUGUGGUGCUGCUUCUGAGCACGAUGGCCUUUCACGACUACAUGGCCAAGCGCGAGUAA